CUGGAGCCGUGGUCUGUUCGCGGGGUGAGGCCCCGCGUGGGGACCCUGCCUGCCUGCCUGCCUGCCGCCAGCCCCACGCCCGCCCCACCCCUCUGGGGACGCCGACAGGGCGUGCGAAGCCGGCCACGUGCCCUGUGCCCGGCCCUGGCGCGGGCUCUCGGGUUUUGUCACGCGUCCGUGACCCCCCGCCCCCCCGAAGUUUGAAGGCUGCGGAAGUGGCGCCCCGCAGGCCAUCGCGGGCGGCGGGCACGAGCCCGAGAGUGGGUUUAGGGGGCCGCCUGGCGUUCAGCCGGGGCUGGGCCGCUCCCGCCGCUGGGUGCUUUCCCGCCCCGGGGCCUGGAGCGGCGCCGCGGGCGCCAUGGCCAGCGUCCCCCAGCUGUUCGACGACCUCUGUGAGGCCCUCCUGCCCGCGGCGAAGGCCCGCCUGGGCCAGCACGGCGUGAGCCGCAAGAGGGCCAAGCAGAGCCUCAAGAGGGUGGCCUACAACGCUCUUUUCACAAACCUGUUUCAAGAGGAGACCCAGCAGCUGCAGCCCGACGUCUCGAAGCUCCCUGUGAAGAACAAGGUCCUCCUGCUGUCCUUCGACCUGAGAGCGGGCGGCCUGGGCCCCGAGGCCGACCGUUUGGAGGAGCUGGUGGAGGCGCUGCAAGCAGCCCCUGGCUGUCCGCUGGCGGAGGUGGGGUCUGUUUUGGACCUCCUGGUCCGGCUGGCGGGCAGCGGGCCCCCUCGGCUGCUGCAGCGCAAGCGGGACUACUUCUUUAACAACAAGCACGUUGGGAGAAACGUGCCCUACAGUGGCUAUGACUGCUACGACCUGAGUGUGUUUGAGAUGGACGUUCAGUCUCUGAUCUCCAGAGAGGAGUAUUUAUGUCAGGACAUGGUGCGGAAAGCGCUUCAGGUGAUGGAUGCGGCACCAGGCACUGGCCUGCCCACCGUUGGGCUCUUCUCAUAUGGUGACCCUUGCGGCGACAGGUUUGAGAGAGACACCCGGGUCUCGCUUUUCGGUGCCCUUGUGCACAGCCGCACAUACGACAUGGAUGUCCGGCUGGACCUGCCCCCGAUGCCCGACAGCGCAGACCUCUCUGGACUACCCAUUAAGGUUCCUCAGAGUGUGGAUCAGUCGGAAGAUGAAGGGUUCCAGUCAGCAUCUAACUUGACUCCUGACUCCCAGUCUGAACCAGGCACGACCCCGGACAUCGACCUGUGGGGCGCCGUGCUCACCUACGAGGCCAGCAAGCGGAGGUGCUGGGAACAAGUUGGAUGCCCCCCCGGCCACAAGGAGGAGCCCUACCUCACCGAGGCGGGAAGGGACGCCUUCGACAGGUUCUGCGGGCUCCGCCACGGGGAGCUGCUGGUGCUGGGCGGGGGCCUCCCGCAGGCCCCACAGCCGGUCCUGGUGAAGGAGUGUGAGCUGGUGAAAGAUGCGCUCAACGUCUUGAUUGGGGUCGUGUCUACCACAUUCUCCCUCUGCCAGCCCACUCAGACCUUCACGGUGAGGCGGGGCGUCCAUGUGUCGGGAGCGUCCCCCGAGAGCAUCAGCAGCCUCCUCUCGGAGGUGGCCGAGUGUGGGACGCACUACGCGCGCCUGAGCCACUUCUCCCUGCAGCCUGUGCUGGACUCCUCGUGCAGCAAGGGCCUCGUGUUCCAGGCCUUCAGCAGCGGCCUGCGGAGGUACCUGCACUACUACCGGGCCUGUGUUCUCUCCACUCCGCCCACCCUGAGCCUCCUCGCCAUUGGCUUUCUCUUCAAGAAACUGGGCCGGCAGCUCAGGUACCUGGCCGAGCUCUGUGGUGUGGGCGCUGCACCCCUAGCUGGGAGCGGCGGGGGACCGAGGGCCGCAUUCCCGACCGGGGUGAGGCUGCUGUCCUGCCUGUACCAGGAGGCCCUGGACAACUGCAGCAACGAGCACUACCCGGUGCUGCUGUCCCUGCUGCAGACCAGCUGCGAGCCCUACACCAGGUUCAUUCACGACUGGGUCUACAGCGGGGUCUUCCGGGACGUUUACGGCGAGUUCAUGAUCCAGGUGAACCAGGAGUAUCUGGGCUUCAGAGAUAAGUUUUACUGGACCCACGGCUACGUGCUCAUUUCCAAAGAGGUGGAGGACUGCGUCCCCGUGUUCCUGAAGCACAUCGCACACGAUGUGUACGUCUGCGGGAAGACCAUCAACUUGCUGAAGCUCUGCUGCCCCCGGCACUACCUCUGCUGGUCCGAUGUUCCUGUCCCUCGGAUCUCGGUGAUUUUCUCCCCGGAGGAAUUGAAGGAGGUCGAGAGGGACUGCGCCAUCUACGUGGGGCGGAUGGAGAGGGUGGCACGCCACAGCUCCGUCAGCAAGGAGGAGAAGGAAUUACGAAUGGAAAUCGCCAAACAAGAGUUAAUUGUCCAGGCCCGGGAGGCAGCAUCCAGGGUCCUGCGAGCGCUCAGUGACCGGCAGACGUCUGAACGCAUGGCCUUGGACGCCCGGAAGCGAGAGCAGUUCCAGAAGCUGAAGGAGCAGUUUGUGAGGGACCAGGAGCGGCGCCGGGCGGCCAGGCAGGAGGGCCUGGACGACGACUUCGGCUAUGCCCGAGAGCUGCGCGACAGGGAGCGGAGGCUGCGGGCCCUGGAGGAGCAGCUGGAGAAGAAGGCGAGGCAGGCGUUGGUGGACCAUUACAGCAAGUUGUCCGCAGAGGCAGCUCGUCGCGAGCAGAAGGCGCUGUGGAAGAUCCAGAGGCACAGACUGGCAGGCGCACGGCUGCGCUUUCUCGUGGAGGACCGGAAGCAUAUUCAGGAGAUGCUGAAGGACGUGUCUGAGAAGUCCCUGGAGGCACCGGCCGAGCUCCCUGGCGCACACUCCCAGGCUUCGUCUGCAGGCCCCGCGCACUUAGCUGGAGGCAGCACCUGUGACUCUGGGUAUGCGGGGCGGCACGUGGCUACUUGGGAUUGCACGAGCUCACUGACACUGCAGCACCCCCAGCCUCCGGUGCCAGGGGCCUGUGGCCCGGGACUGGGAUCUGGCCUGCAGCCAGGGCAGGUGCACAGGCCAGGGGCGUUCUCUGAGGGCCUCAGCAUCCAAGACUUCCUGCCCACAGACCGCCAGGCUGAGCAGCCUGUGCACCCUGGUGCAGCCCCUGUCCUGGAGGAGGCGCUGCAGACCAUCGGCUCAGACCUGCCUCCCUCUGCUGCGUGUGAAGUGGCGGGCACAGGGCCCCCUGGGCCACAGGAGUAUGAUUUCAGAACUAUUCUGAGGCCAGCUAUGGUCACCUUGGCUUCCCCAGGGGCUCUCCAGACCGUAGGAGGUGGCUCGAGUAAUGACAGGCAGCGGCUGUGGGGAGACAGUCUCAUGCAGCUGGAGGACACCUGUGUCCCAGAUCUGCCUCACUCACAGCCCCCUAGGUCCAGAUCCCCCCAGGAGGGGAGUAGCCAGGCCAUGGAGCAGCUACUUGGGCACGUGCCAGAGAGCAGCAUUCCCGCGGGGGGUUAUGCUUCUGGGAUGGCUCCCUCCCGACCACAGUGGAAUAUCUGUGCACACGUGUCUGAUGCCAGCGUCAAGGUGGGAGAGAAUGUGGACGACGUGGCCCCGUCCCGACCACGGUGGAACGUCCACGGGCACGUGUCUGACGCCAGCAUCAAGGUGGGAGAGAACGUGUGCGACGUGGCCCCGUCCCGACCACGGUGGAACGUCCACGGGCACGUGUCUGACGCCAGCAUCAAGGUGGGAGAGAACGUGUGUGACGUGGCUCCGUCCCGACCACGGUGGACUGUCCGUGGACAUGUGUCUCAGUCCCACGUGGUGCUGGGUGCACUCGCUGGGGAAGGCCAGCCUGAUACCCCCGGGCCCCACCAGAGCCCCAGUGACCAUGCAUCCCAGUCAGGCCUCGGCCUGGCAGCACAGAGCGCUGCUGGGGGGCAGGAGCCGCGGCGGCCUACAGACAGAGCCUCAGAUGGCUCCUGUGGUCAGGCGGCAGGCUCCGGCAGCGGGGAGGCGAGUGGCCAGGCUUCGCUGUGUGCGGCGGCUGCGUCCAGGGUUCGGGGAGACGGCACCCCUGAGGAGCCAGGGCCAGGGAAGAGCGGGGACAGUGAGGACCUCUCUCCAAGCCGCCCGCCAAGCUCACAGGAAGGCGCGGCCGCUGGGAGCAGCCCUGGCCCCGGUGAGGAGGAGGCCGCCGCCCAGCGCUGCGGCCGGGAGCAGGCCUACCUGGCGGGCCUAGCGGAAGGGUACCGCCUGGAGCGGUACCCGGACAGCUACGAGGCCCUGUCAGAGCCUCCUGUCGCCCACCUGCUACACCACGGGCUUCCCCGGGCCUUUGCCCUCCCGGAGGAGCCCCGGGUCCGGUCGGAUGCGGAUGAGACCGCAGUGGAGCUCAGCGAGCUGCUGCCGCUGCCCGUGCUCAUGAAGCACUCCAUCUCCGCGCCGCUGGCCGCGCAGCCCCGCCCUCCCGCCAGUGUCUCCUUGGUGAACAAGGCCGCCGUGGACUACUUCUUCGUGGAGCUCGGCCUGGAGGCGCACUUUGAGGCGCUGCGGCACUUCCUGCUCAUGGAGGACGGCGAGUUUGCACAGUCCCUCAGCGACCUGCUUUUUGAGAAGCUGGGGGCGGGGCAGACGCCCGGGGAGCUCCUCAACCCGCUGGUGCUCAACUCGGUGCUGAGCAAGGCGCUGCAGUACAGCCUCCACGGGGACACCCCCUAUGCCGCCAACCUCUCCUUCGCCCUCAAGUUCCUGCCCGAGGCGUUUGCCCCCAACGCCCCGGAUGUGCUGAACUGCCUGGAGCUCAGGUACAAGGUGGACUGGCCCCUCAACAUCGUGGUCACCGAGAGCUGCCUGAGCAGGUACAGUGGCAUCUUCUCCUUCUUGCUGCAGCUGAAGCUGAUGAUGUGGACGCUCAAGGAUAUCUGCUUCCACCUCAAGCGCACGGCCCUGGUGAGCCGCGUGGCUGGCUCGGUGCAGUUCCGCCAGCUGCAGCUCUUCAAACAUGAGAUGCAGCACUUUGUGAAGGUCACCCAGGGCUAUAUUGCCAACCAGAUCCUGCAUGUCACCUGGUGCGAGUUCCGGGCCCGACUGGCCAGGGUGGGCGACCUCGAGGAAAUCCAGCGUGCGCACGCCGAGUACCUCCACAAGGCUGUUUUCAGGGGCCUGCUGACUGAGAAGGCUGCACCGGUCAUGAACGUCAUCCACAGCAUCUUCAGCCUGGUCCUCAAGUUCCGCAGCCAGCUCAUCUCCCAGCCCUGGGUCCCCGCCAGCGGCUCCCGGGGCGCCGAGCACCCCAACUUCGCCCUCAUGCAGCAGUCCUACAGCACCUUCAAGUACUACUCCCACUUCCUCUUCAAAGUGGUGACCAAGCUGGUGAACCGCGGCUACCAGCCCCACCUGGAGGACUUCCUGCUGCGCAUCAACUUCAACAGCUACUACCAGGAUGCCUGAGGCCGUGACACAGGUACCACCGCCCCACCCCUCCCGUGCUUGGUUCCCUGCACGGGGGUCGUCUGCAGCCCCGUCACGGGAGGGAAGAUGGUGACACGGGCAGUCAGUGCCCCCGACCUGGAGCCUCACCUGUACU